ACAUGCAGGGGCCCCCAGCAGGAUGAAGUGACUGAGAGGACACGGGAUGCUCCAUUUGACUUUAAACAGCAGAAGAGAUUUGACAUUUAUUUGACAGUUCUCAAGUUUAAUUCGACAAUGAGAGAAGAAGAAGCACAUUCUCCCUAAUUGAGCCCAAACUUUCCCGAACCGGCACCAUGAUGUCCAGUGUCCGCCGGCACAGCCUGCGCCUCCAGACCGAGCUCCUGCACCGCUGGAGCGUCUGCGACCCGGGCUCACACUUGCUCCCCGACGGUCUCCUGGCCCGCGUCCCCGCCUGCAUCUCCCACUCCAAGUCGUGCUCCAGCUCAGCCGGAGAGUCCGACGGAGGCAGCCGCGGCAGUUGGUCCUCCUCCGACUCGGUCAUCUCUGCCGACUCCGGUAGCCCGUACCGGGUGGUGCUCCUUGGGGCCAGCGGGGUCGGCAAGUCCGCCUUCGCCUGCAUCUUCUCCGGGGCCGCGGACAGCAUGGACAGUGAUGACUGCGAGCUUUGUGGAGAUGAACUGCAAGAAAAGGAGGUUGAAGUUGAUGGAGAACCUGCAACUAUAACUCUUUUAGACACAUGGGAUGCAGAGACUGACAGCGAAUGGUCCCAGGAGCUCUACAUGCAAUCUGGCGACGCCUUCCUGUUGUUGUACUCCAUAACUGACCGGGCGUCGUUCCUUCGUGCGUCAGAGCUGCGCAUCAUUCUACGCCGCCUUCGCCCUGCCCAACACACGCCCAUCAUCCUGGUGGGCAACAAGUGUGACCUGGUGCGACGGAGAGAAGUUUCCACCAACGAGGGCCGUGUCUGCGCCGCCGUCUUUGACUGCAAAUUCAUCGAAACGUCUGCAGCCAUGCAGCACAACGUGUGGGAGGCCUUCCGCGGCAUCGUGCGGCAGCUACGUCUGCGGAGAAACUCAAAGGACGCCGACGCCGCAGCCGCCGCUGCUGCCAAAUGCCGCGGCCGCCGGGAGAGCCUUCCCAUAAAGGCCAAGCGUUUCCUGGACAAGAUGGUGGCGAGGAACAAUCCCAGCAGGGCGUUCUGGCUCAAAUCCAAGUCCUGCCAUGACCUGUCUGUCCUGUAGGUCGGUGAUUGACACAUCUAGGCGAGGAUGGCAGCUUUUGGGAAAACAGAUAGUGUCAUGAGGACCGUUCAAGAGAUCACUUUUGACCCUGAUGAUGACAUGAACUGUUCAAAUGUACCUGCUGCACAAAAAAUAUGUUUCUUCUCUCCUCACUGUGUGUGCAUUCUGACUGCUAAGAUGAUAUAUUUUUUUAUAACAGCACUUAACGUAACUGCAGUGUUAAUUUAAUAAAGUCUCUUCACUGUCG